AAUUGAUGAUUUUGUUUGCGAUAAUCUUAAAUGAACAAUUACAAUUUUCUUGAAUGGAAUUAAAAUUGUAAUAUAGUUAAAUAUUAAUUUGUUUUUUUAGUUUUCUUUAGAAAAAACAACUUUCUUUAUACCCAAAUCACGAAUUAAUUCAUUCCUAUAAUUAAUUAAAAAAAUAUAAUUUUGUUCUAACUUCAAAUUACUCUAAUGUCAAUUACUGAAAAGUUUGAAUUUAUACUAGCAUGUGGCAGUGGACACAAAUUUAUAAGUGAUGAUUUAUUCAAAUGUGUUGAUAAUGUAUUAAAAGUUUAUCGACGUGAAGGAGUUUUUGAGAUAGAGAGUCAAAUAAAUGAAUCAAGGGCAACAGAAUUAUUUAAAUGUAAUGUGAAUGGAUGUGUAGUCAGUUUCACCUCAUUAGAAUUAUAUGAUAGGCAUUAUAAUUCAAGUCAUCGAUAUACAUGUUCUUAUUGCCGCAAGAUGUUACAAUCUUCACAUCUUUUAGAUUUACAUAUUUGUGAAACACACGAUAAUUUUUUCUUUGUGAGCAAAACUAAAAAAGCAAUGUAUAAGUGUUACAAUGAAACAUGUUCUGUGCAAUUUUGGAACAGUGAAGAACGAGACAAACAUUGUAAAGAAAUUCACAAAUUUUCUCAAACUUUCUUACAUCAUACGAAUAAAUUAAAUAAAAAGAAAGAAAAAAAUUGUAAAAAAAAGAAAAUGACAUCAACUUCAGCUCUUGAAAGUAUGGCAGAUCUCAAAAUGGUUUUAGAUUAAUUUUUUAAUUUUAAUUUGUGAAAUUAUAUUACUAUAAUACAAUAUUUAUAUUUAUUUAAAAUUUUAGAAUUUAUGAUUUUUGUACAAAUAAUCAUCAAAAUAUAAUUGUCUUACUUUAAAUAAAUGUUAAAUUUAAACUAAUUGAAUUUAAUAAUUUUUUCUUUCUAAAUUUAUACUAUGAAAAAAUUAAUUAUUAAAAUAUUCAGUUUUAAAAAUUAUUAUAAGUAACAAAUAAAGAUUGUAAUGCAUCACCUUUAAUCAUUUUUGUAUAAUACAAAGUUAAAACAAAAAAGCAAAUUACAAACAUUUAUUUGGCAAAAUAAUAAACUAAGAUAAUAAUGACAGAAUAUAACAUAUGUAAGUAUUAAUUUGGUAAUACAGCCAUACCACCACCUAAAUUACCACUUCCACUGCCAG